AUGAAUUCGUUUGGACUAUCAACAGACAUAGGGACCCCAGUUCCACUGAAGUCCAUUGACGUGAAUGUAACAAUCAAGGGGUACCUGACCGAGGUGGUUGCCUGCCUGGGGUAUUACAACAGCGAGGAUGACCCAGUCGAGGCGAUGUUCACGUUCCCUGUGGAUGACGGGAGUGCCGUGUACCAGUUCGAGGCCAUGAUUGAUGGGCGUCACAUUUUCGCUGAGAUACAGGAAAAGGAACAGGCUAUUCUAACAUAUGAAGAUGGAAAAAAGAGUGGGAGGACAGCCAUAUUGCUUAAAGAAGAUACAAGAAGCAGCGACACUUUCCAAUGCAUGCUUGGUAAUCUGCCUGCGGGCAAGGAAGCAGUACUAAGGCUGUCAUACGUGAAUGAGCUGCCACAGGAGGAGGAUGGGAGGGUGAGGUUUACAUUACCUACAGUGCUGAACCCACGCUACUGUCCAGAAGCUGAUUCGAGCGUUGCUGCAGAGGGAGCUGAAUAUGUACUUCCCACGCCAGUGCCAUACAACUUUAAGAUGACUGUCAAAAUAGUAGGAUACAAUGGGAUAAAGGCUGUUUCCUCUGACAAAAUGUCACUGGAUGUCAAAUUACAAUCAGGCGGGAAAUUGGCUAAGGUUUGUAUUGGGGAGGAGUUUAAAUUUGACCAUGACCUUUGUCUGCUGGUGGAAUAUGCCGAGCCAUUCGCUCCGCAGGUUAUUCUGGAAAAUGGAAACCCGGAAAAAGAGGGUCUACUGAAGGAAGACAUGUUAAUGGUGAGUUUCCAUCCCGACCUCAAGGAAGUUGCCAUGAAAACCAGUGGAGAAUAUGUCUUUAUCAUCGAUAGAUCAGGAAGUAUGAGAGGUAACAGAAUAAAGAAUACAAAGGAGGCGUUGCUUCUGUUCCUUAAAAGUUUGCCGGCUGGUUGCUACUUUAAUGUGGUCAGCUUUGGAUCAAACUACAAUUGUCUGUUUAACAAGAACAAGGAAUGCACUGUAGAAACUCUGGAUGAAGCCCUGAAGGUCCAGGCCAUUAUGGAUGCAGACAUGGGUGGCACAGAGAUAUACAAGCCCCUAGAAUAUGUCCUCAGAGAGAAAGUACAACAACAACCAAGGAACGUGUUUCUACUGACAGAUGGUGAAGUGCAUAACAGUGAGCAGGUGAUUGGGCUGAUUAAGAAGCACUCGGGGGAUACCAGGGUGUUUGCACUAGGAUUGGGAAGAGGAGUGUCCACUUCUUUAGUGAAUGGCGUGGUGCGUGCUGGGAAUGGCCUCGCAGAAUUUAUUGCUGAUGAUGAACGCAUUCAACCCAAGGUUGUAUCCCUGCUUAAGUGUGCCAUGCAGCCGGCAGUGACGAACAUAGAGCUGUCGUGGGACCUGCCCCCAGGGUUGAACCCGGUUUUCAUACCAACGGACUGCCCUGUUAUGCUGACUGUGGGGCAGAGGCUAACAUUCUUUGCCAUGCUACAAGGGGUAGAUAUGGAUACAAUCAACGCAACCAGCAAGCUAACUUUGAAAUGUCAACAAAACAACAACCCUGUGACCUUUGACCUUCUGUUCACGCUAUCGGAGGAUGACACCUCAAGCGUAUCUGCACCUGUCCAUCGCCUAGCAACCAAGACUCAGAUCAAGCUUCUACAGGACGUGGAGGCAGCUUUGUGUAACCAGAUGAAUGAUGAUCCAAAAGAAAACAUUGAAAAGGUUGAAGAAAUAAGGAAGAAGAUCGUUGGUGUGAGUCGGCAUGGUAACAUUAUGUCAAAGUACACAUCAUUUGUUGCCGUGGAUACAGAAGGGGAGAAGGUCAAAGGUGAACUGAAGACGAGGCAAUGUCCAGUCCCCACAACCAGCGAGGAGUUUUUGAAAGGCAUGGCGAGGAAAAAUUAUGCCAAUGGACCUUACCGCAAGCGAAAAAGGAGUAAUAACAAAUUGCCGGGGAGCAUGGAACCAAAUGAUAUUGACUGUGAUAGUGAGUCGUUGAAAUUAAAAUCGUAUGGUCUUCAUCAUGGUGGUACAGCUAGAAAAAGAAUCAUGGUACCAUCCUUUGGGAGUAAAAACAGUAUGGAUUUUGAUGAAGAUGGUGAUAAGAACUUAGAACAAGAUCCAUUUAAACUGUGGACUGACAAAAACGCUGACGUGUUACAGAAGUCUUCUUUCGGCUUAUCAUCAGAUGAAGUGAUGAUGAACGUGAUCACGCUACAGGAAAUGGGCGGGAACUGGUCAAACAUAACACAGCUUGCCGUUUUGCUUGAAAUCCCGGAAGAUCGGCUACAAACUAUAGACAUAAUCAAGGAUUGUGGUGUGCUGGCGACACUGAUAGCGUUGAGCUGGUUGCGGAGAAAGUGCGCCGACCGACAGGAGGAAUGGCAGAUAAUCGAGACCAAAGCACUCGCCUGGCUAGGGCAGCAGAGCCUGGAAAACCCAGUAGAGGAACUUCUAACACUUGUGGCUGACUCAGUCUUGAACGUUGUUUAAUGUUAGAACACAGCCCCCCCCCCCUCCUCCCGUGUAUGUGGUUGGAGUGUCGUGAACUACUAGAGAUAAGUGUUGUUUCGCGUGCGAAUUGGUCAAUUGAAUAUAGACCUUCAUGCCAUAAUUUUACUUAUGGUCUUUCACAUAAAUAUUGAGCAAGAUAGUUAUCUGUAUGUAAUCCAAUAAAUACAGUUUGAGGAGCAUUAACAAGGCUUUGCAUUUCCCAGCAUAAUUUGAAAGCGUAUAAAACGGUAGGUAUUUUUCUGUUAAUAAUCUCUUCGCCGCGAGUCUUCACGAGUAUAUGUUGUAUAUUAAAGCAUGUGUG